GGUGUCGUUUGUUAGUCAGCAUAAUUCGAAUUUUAAUGCGUGAGAUGUUAUAUUUACUUCUCUUGAAUAAAUGUUUAAAGCUGGCAUUCACUUGGACAGCGCAUACCGGUGACGUUGACAAACAACCGUUGGGGCAAGUGCGCCAUUUUGGCUCAAACAGUCGGAAUUUACCUUCUUUGCAAUUUCAUAUUUUUUGCCAUGUUGCUAACAUCGCUUGAUGUUUUUGUAAACGAUUAGGAUGAGAUCAAAUAUGUUACAUGAGCUCAUGUUUCAACCCAUACUGUAUUUAGUUUUGUUUCCUAUGAGAACAAGUGUAAAGUUAUGGUAGCAUUAGCCUCACCAAGCUACAUGCUAGUUAGCUGUGUCGUUCGAUUGCAUUGCCAACAACACUCUGGCUCAUAGUUAGCUUGCUAGCUAAAUUUAGCUAUUUGUGACUUGUUAGCUCGCUAGGUAUGGGUGGGUGCUCCGCUCCAAAUUGCUCAAACUCAACAACCAUUGGGAAGCAACUGUUUCGUUUUCCAAAAGAGCCUAUACGCAAGAAGAAAUGGCUUGUAAACUGCCGGCGUAAUUGUGUACCAACUCCACAUUCCAGACUGUGUCAGGACCAUUUUGAGCUGAGUCAGUUUGAAGAAAUUGCCAGGUCGCCAGCAGGGGGAAAGAAGCUGAAACCAAAUGCCAUCCCAACUCUUUUCAAUGUGCGAGAUCCACCUUAUCCCAUCACCCCACAUAGAGUGCUACCACUCAAGCCAGAGCCAGUGGAGAGGGAUCUCAAUGUGGGGGAUCACCGCUACGCACGACGGCAAACAACUCUGGGCAUGGAGGAAGAUGAUGCUGAUGAACUACACAAGACAGAGGAACGUCCCUGCACCCAUUGUCAACAUUACAGAACCCUGCUGGAACAAGAAAUGCAACACACAGCCAGAUUACAGAAAGAGGUAGAGGAAAUGAAAAAGCGGAUGUUCAGACUGGACAGAAUAGAGAGGGGCCUCCAGACAUUUCUGUAUGAAGAUCAGGUCCGUGCCCUGACCCUGACCAAGCGUUCCCGGAGAGCUGUGUGGUCCCACGAGACUGUGCUGAAGGCCCGUAAGAUCCGAUGUGCGGUCGGUGACAAGGGUUAUGAAUUCCUCCGGGAGUUAGGCUACCCCCUGCCCUCUUAUAGAACUUUAUGCAACCGCCUGGAGAACAAAAUCAUGGUGACGACAGCCAUGGGCUGUGAUGAGCUGGCAGAGCUAGGUCUAGGAAUCAUAUCCACAUGUGAUAGUCCAGACGAUGAGGAGGCUUUCAUUGGCGUGAUGUCAUGACUCAUGAAAGAGAUUUUAAAUUAAUUUGUUUGAAUAUGUGUUUCAUUUUGGAAGAAUGCAACACACAAUGACAGGACAAUAUAGCAAAGACUGACUGUACGACAGCUAGUAGGCCUAUAUGGUGAAGAAAAUGUGGAAGCCUCACACAGGCAUCCAAGUAAGAGAGUAGUCUUCAGAAUCUCUCUGGAAUAAUAAUUACUGUAGGACCUACUGUAACAUACUGUUAUUAUACCACUGUGGAAAGAUUUGGUAAAGAAAUCAUAAUGAUGUUGUAAUAAUGUAUUUUCAAACAAAUUGAUGUGAUGUUGUUGAUGAAAUGCUGCCAGUGAUCCAUUUCAGAAAGUUAUUAAGAGCAGCCUACCCAAAUAUACAGUAUCCAAAUGACGACAGAAUGGGUAGGAGUAAAUAUCACCAUCUAGUGGCACUGUAUCAUGUUUGCUCUAGGAGGCCUGUGUGACAACAACCUGACAGAAGUGUCUUUCCUCAUAUUGAACGAGCGGGUGGCCCAGUCCAGAGGCAUGUACUGGGAGCUGAAGAGGAGGGGGCCCCCUGACAUCCCUGUCAACCAACAGGCCCAGCUACAGGAUGAUGUCUGGGAGGCCCUAUAUGGAAACAAGGAGGACUUCCUGAUAUAAAUCAAAUCAAAUGUUAUUUGUCACAUGCGCUGAAUACAACAGGUGUAGACCUUACUGUGAAAUGCUUACU